AACAGUUAAAAAGCUCCGAUAUCGCUACUUCUGGUGGUAAUUAUGAGCGUGGACAUUCUGGUGUGGUUGCUUCUUCCAACACUGCUAUAUCAAAGUAUGCUAAUUAUACAAAUGCAAAAACUGUCGAGACUCUUGUGGCUAAACAAAAGGAGAUUGUAGAAACUUUGACAACCCAACAAAAUAAAUCAAUACAAAAACUAAAUAAUGAUAAUGCGAAGCUUAUUAAAUCUAUAAGUAAUAAUCAGAAAAAGACCGUGGUGAUGAGUUUGAGUAGAAAUCAUGCUAAUGUUGUAAAAACUAUGAACAAUAAUGAUGUAAAAAAAUCAAAAGAUACACAUGAUGCGUAUAGAAAGGACGAUUUGAUCAAGAUGAUGAUCACCAGUAAUAUUAAUGUGAUGAGUAAGUUGGUAGAUCAUGUGACUAGUACUAGUAAAGCAAAAAAUAUCUCGAGGGAUAAUAUG